AAGCCCGCUUUUUUCCCCCCCCUCCUUCAUUUGGUUGCCGGCGUUUGUGAAGUGUGGUGUUGUUCAGUGUGCGAAGCACGUGUAUUAUAAAUUAUUCUAAGUUAUUUCUCUACAAAACCAAACUAAAAUGGCAGACGCUGCAGUUGACACCAAGGAAGUCGCGCCCGAGGAGGUGACCUCUACGGAGGCGGCGAAGGAGUCUCCAGUGAAGAAGGCCCCGGUCAAGGAGACCAAGGAGGCCGAGAGCAACGGCAAGGAAGAGAACGGCAGUGGAGACGCGCCCGCCGACUCGCCCGCCGAGAACGGAGACGCCGAUGAGAGCAACGACGCCAGCGAGAAUGGAGACGCGACAGAGAAAAAAGAGGCGGCCGUGAAGAGGAAAUCCACCGCUGACAACGGCACCGCUGAGAAGACCACACCUGAGAAGAAGGCCAAAGUAGUGGAAGAGGCCCCUGCAGCAGAUGCGGAGGAAGUGGCUGCCUAAACUAUGUUAGUGUCGCAUCUCGCUCGGUUUACUGCAAUGCAUCGGUGCCCAUUAGAGUUCAACUCUCCAUAGACUGAUUACAAACACAUAUCCAUUAACAAAAUAUCCCUUGUAACUGAUGGUACCAAAACAAUAGCACCAGUGUCAUACAGUGUUUUAACUUGCCAUUGAGUUGAGCUCUAUUGUGACGACAUUCUAGUUUUAUAAAUAAUACUAUGUGUAUUAAGAUUACCUGUGAAGUACCUGUAAAGUGUAAAUUAAUGUUGGAUUACUGUCAGAUGUAUGGUGACUUAAUAAUGUGCAUCGCAGUGAACUGACCUAAGCAUAAUGGAUGUAGAUGUUGUAUGCUGUUUCGACUUUUGGUGUCUAUUUCAACGGACAGGUAGGAGGGUUAUUGAAUUGAUGAAUUAUUUACAUUCUGGUAUCGGAAAGCAUUUCACCAGUUACAAUACUGCCAAAGUACUUCACCCAGUGUGGAAUCAUUCACGGUCCGUUCUGUGAACGACGCGAUUUAUAUAACAGCUUCCGUAAUACAAGGAUACUAGACUAAUUAAGAUUUAAAUGUUUAGAUAAAUAAUUCAGUUGUAAAUUUAAGUUUAGCAGUAAAAUAUCGCACAUUAUAUUUUUCAUAAGCAUAUUACCAUUUAAACAUUCCUUUCGAAUUUUGGUUAUUGAUAUAUUGUGAAUUUCGGUAUUUUCCUAACAUCUAUUUGAAUUAACUUAUGUGAGUCUAGAUGAAGACUAUAAGCAGACUUCUACAACACAACGAAUUGGCAUGCACUAACAACAUCCCGGGCUCAUAGCUUUCAUCUGUUUCACAGGCGAGCUCCUAACAAAAGUUCACUUUAUAACAGUAACAUAAGAUUGAAAUUUAAUUAAAAGUUCAAAAACUACAAGGUGAUAGUUCAUAUUAUAUUGACAUAAUAUUGUUUGUGCUAUUUGGUAUCCUAUUGACAUGUGUUUAUUUUCUUAUCCAGUGUUUUUGUAACUUAUUUUUUUCUUCUAAUUGAUAUGUGAUGUGAUACACACAAACCUCGAAUAUAAGGCAACUAAGACCUUAUGGAAAUGAAUCUUCUUUUUUAUUGCCAAAACUAUACACAUGACUGUGUUCUGUGCUAAGGGAUUUUACGAUAAGAUUUUGACUAACUUUUUCUGGUACUUAAAUUUUUCAAAGAUUUUAAUUCAAAAGUACAUUUAGUAUUAGAUUUAUGGUAGCGUGUACAGGUAUUGCACUUCUCUGUGUUGAGUUAGUGUUUGAAAACGUUUCUGGCAAUAAAAUAGUCCAAACUAA